AUGAAAAUACAUCUUUUUGGUCACUCCCGUAUUAUGCUUAACUUACGAACUCUCGAGCGAACGUGCACAGCAUUUGAACUCGGUGACAUACAAAAACUUAUUGAUUCUGAAUGCUUUUCCAAGGUGAAAAUAAAUCAUACGUAUCUCCGAAUUCCACCCCACACCACUUCGUCCGGUCUGAAUACGAUGUACACCACAUUUGGAUUUCACAACUCUUAUCACCCAAAUUAUAUUUCAUACCCAGCGCUGAUAUUUCUUCGACGGGCAUUGGUGCGCUACAGGAUAACCGGUCGGUGGUAUGUGUUUCUCUUGGACUUCCGGGAGCAUUCUCAAAACUCAGUUUGGAGGCCCUGGUGGUUUAAUGAUUUAUCGAAUGACUACACAGAUAUCUUGAUGCUAAGUUUACCGUUUACACAGAGCGAGGAACAACUAAGCUUCAACUACGAUCCUUAA